AUGGUUGAGUCCACUACUCAAGUUGCUGCUGCAGUUCCCGUUGCUGCAUCUCCAGCAAAGGCUCCGAAAAAAGCCAAGGCUGCCAAAGGAGAUGCCAAGAAACCGAAGAAACCGUCGACACAUCCACCAGUGAAUGACAUGAUUGUGGCUGCCAUCAAGGCUCUGAAGGAACGCAAUGGAUCUUCGGUGCAGGCCAUCAAGAAGUACAUCGCUGCUAACUACAAGUGUGACGUUGCCAAAUUGGCUCCAUUCAUCAAGAAGGCUUUGAAAUCGGGUGUUGAGAAGGGUAGGUUGGCCCAGACUAAGGGUUCCGGUGCUUCUGGAUCGUUCAAAAUUAAAGCCGAAGUAAAGAAACCAGCUGGCGAGAAGAAACCGAAGAAGGUGGCUGCCAAAAAACCAAAGAAGGUUGCCGGAGAAAAGAAAAAAGUUAUCAAGAAAGUAGCUGGCGAAAAGAAGCCGAAAGCCAAGAAACCGGCUGGUGAGAAAAAGCCAAAGGCUGCUGCGAAGAAAGCUAAGGUAGCCCCUGCUAAGGCCGCGAAGAAGGCAGCUGUUCCCAAACAGAAAGCCACAAAACCAUCGAAGGCCGCAGCAAACAAACCCAAGACUCCGAAACCAAAGAAGGCCGCUCCAGCAAAGAAAGCUGCCCCGAAGAAGGUUGCCGCUAAAAAAUAAAUUUGCAUCAAACUUAACUUUCCAUUCAUGGUAUUCAAAAACAGUCCUUUUCAGGACUAUCAACAAUUCAUACGAAGAGUUUAUCGAUAAUUUUCCAAA